UUAUGCGCGUUUGUACGCGUUGCUCCUUCGCUUCGUUCGGACAGCACGGAUAAAACGCUGUCGCCAAACAAAAACAUAAAAAAACACUGAGCGGAUCAGGUUCUAUCUGUAAUUAAACAAAAACAACAAUCCAAAAAAAAAACAAGCACGGAUUUAAAUCAGUUGAAAAAAGUAAGCAAAUUCGCUCCAUAGUGUAUUCUUCAUCAUGUGCAUUCAAUUUAAUUCAACAACAAUAAAAAGUGUUGUUGCCCUCUCGCUCUCUGGCGUAUCCGUAUCUGUGUGCGUGCCUUAGUGUUUCGUCGCGUUUCAAGCAAUUAACCCAAAGCAGCGUAGAAAUGCCAAAAACGCAUUAAAAAUUAUUACUCGUAGCUGUCUGUCAUUCACAUCGGCAACAAAAAGAAGAAGAGUAACAACAACAACAACAAGGAGAAGAGCGACAAUCAUACACAAGUGCUAUUUGCCGCUACUCAUAAAACAAAUUACCCACUUGGGCCUGACUUGUGCGUGCGUGUGUGUGUGAAAAGAGCAGCGUAAUCAUCAUCACCAAAAAAAAAGAAAUACUACUAAAAAGUAGUAGUAAAAAAAGAAAGGAAAAGGAGAGGAACCAAAAUGAGAGUGUGGCACAGGCAAUAUGUUGCUGGCAAUAACAACAACAGCAACAACAGCAAAUAGUACCGGAAUAAAAUUACUAUACAGCCACUGUGUGUGUGUGAGUGCUGCCCUUCCUCUCGCUCACGCUCGCUCUCUCGCUCACUCCCGCUUUAUAUGUGCAAAGCUUUUUUUAUGUUUCGCACAAACAUUGCGGUAAAAGAACGCCGACAAACGACGAACUCGUCGUCGCUUUGUCGCUCUCGCCAAUUUCCGCGCGUGUGCAAGGUGAAGUCGCGACGCGUCAGUCCGUCGGUCGUUUAGUCUCUUUCUGUCUCUUUCGCCCGCUCUCUCUCUCUCUGUCGCUUUGUCGUGCAACAACUCCCCCGUGUAUUUUUUUUAUGCCCCAAGCUCUGUUCACUGCCUCUCUAUAAAUGUAUGUGCACUUGUAUGUGUGCGGUGGAGCAGCUUCUGUUCUGCCAAAUACAUAUGUACAUGCAGAGAGAAGGCAACAGAGCUUGGACACGCGCUCUCUCUCUCUUUAGCCCUCCCUCACCUUACUCAAAGUGCCGUUUUUUCGUGUAUUUGUAGAGAAAAAAAGAAGAAAAAAAAACAACAACUAACCUCAUAAAAAAGUUCAUACAUUUGUCGCAAAAAAAAAGAAAUAGAAAAGAAAAGCAAAUGCAAAAAGUGUCAAAGUGAAAAACAAGAAGAAGCAGCAGAAGAAUCUAGCAGAAUCAGUGGAAAGCAGAAGGAAAAGCCAAGUUUGACUCUAUCUCUUUCUCGCUCUUACAUAAAUGGAAAAUAAUUCCUGAGAUUGCGCUGCUAGGAAAAUUUUGCGGAUUUACAUUUUACCUACCGUUAGCUGGGGAGCUGGGAGUUUGGGAGUUUCUUUUGUGGAUUAUUACGCCCUCUCGCGUGCUCUCUCGUUCUCCACCCACCACUCCCUUACCACUCACUGUGGGUGCGAGCAGGCCAGCAAGCUAAGGAAUCAUCACCUGCCCACCGCCCAUUGCCGCCCAACCCCCGCACCCAAUCUUCAUCUUGGAUGCUGUCUAUAAAUCGGGAACGAGCAUAUCCAGAGCAGAAAUUGCGACUAUUUUGGAUUUAUAAAAAGUUUUGAAAAUGAACCAUUUGGCCCGAGGGCCGAGGCCCUGUGUCUCCCUGUCUUGUUGCCUGGAUAACAAGUCGACAAGUCGUCACACAAGGCAGCGCCCCAGUUUAUCGCCACCCACCAGCAGGGUCAUCCGCAUCCGCGCCAGCAACCGCAGCACCAGUUCAAGUCACUUGAGCAACAACUCCUCCUCCGCCGGCUGCACGUUCCUAGGCACUACUGGUAGUUCUUUGGGCCGCCCGCGCAGUGCGGCCGCCCGAUCGUUUGCGUCUGCAUGGAGUCAAUGAGACGUAACGAGGCGAACACUAGCCACCACCCGAAUAAGGUGGCCCUGAAUAGCAGCAACGUAGCAACGGAAAGCAAUAUUAAGAAUAAUAAGUUGUUAGCUAAUUUAAGUGCGGCAGGAGCAGCUACAGCUACAACGGCAACAACAACAGGAACAGCAGCAGCAACAACAACGACGGCGAAUCAAGCGCUGAAUUUCAAUAACAAAACGAAGGCAACAACAACAACUGCGGCAGCGAAUAAUCAGAAGAGCAACCACAAUAACAACAACAACAACUCUAGUGCGAUCAAGAAGCACACAAAUACAAAACUAGCUGGCAAGAGCCCCGCUUGCAACUCUUCCUCCUCGUCGCUCUCCUCGUCGAGCAGCUCCAAUUCGAGCGAGUCGAAGGACACGAACUUCGAGUACGAGGACGAGUGGAACAUUGGCGGCAUACCAGAGCUGCUGGACGACUUGGACGCGGACAUCGAGAAGUCGGCGGCGCAUUCUUCGGGUGGUGGCAACCAGGCUACCGCGCUAAAUGCCAAGCAGGCAUCCAGCUCCUCCACAUCCUCCUCAUCAUCCUCCAAGGGCGGCGCUUCAUCCUCGUCAUCCUCAGCAGCAGCGGCGGGAUCAGGAUCAUCAGGAUCGUCGCACAAAUCGCACAAGACCACAUUGCACAGCAAUUUGUCAGCCACUUCGCCAACCACAAUUAAGUUCACACGCCAGCCGGUGGCCAGUGGCGGAGCUAACUCCUCCACCUCAUCCUCGUCAGCAACUGCGACGCCCAGUGGCGGCAGUGCGAACGUGGUGGCCAAGGGAUCAUCCACUUCAUCGUCCUCCACAUCCUCCUCUUCCUCGGGAAAGCAUCACCAUCAUCACCACCACCACUCGAACUCGAGCAGCGGCGGUAGUGGCAGCAGCAGUUCCAAGGGCUACAAGUCCGCUUUGGUGGCUCAACUGAACAGUCCGAGUCCACUGAACAGCAGCUCCAAAUCCCUGAGUGGAUCGGGGAGUGGAAGCGGGAACGCAAACGGAUCAGCGGGAGCUGGUGCCGGCAGCACAUUGUCAUCCUCGACAUUUGCCGGUUUCUCCAAGGGCGGCAGCUUAGUGUCCUCGUCCUCCUCCUCCUCCUCCUCCUCUUCGUCAUCUUCAUCCUCGUCGGCGGCAGCAGCAGGAGCAGCCACAGCGGCUGGCAACGGACAGCAGGGCUCCAAAUUCUCCGCUGGCGGCAUGUCCUCGCAAACGGGCAGCGGCAGCGGCGGCAACAACAAUAGCAACAGCAACAACAGCAGCAGCGGGACCGGAAGCGGAGGCAGCGGCUCGGGCAGCAGCAGCGGCACAGGGAACAGCGGAAGCGGUAGCGGGAGCAACAACAACACAAGCGCCGGUGGGCCGCCGAGUUCGCAAGGCGGCAGCAACAGCGGAAGCGGUAGCGGUAACAGCUCCUCCAGUGGCAAAUCGAGCGCAAAGAUGUCCAUAGACCACCAGGCGACGCUCGACAAAGGACUCAAAAUGAAGAUCAAGCGCACUAAGCCGGGCACAAAAAGCUCGGAGGCCAAGCACGAGAUUGUGAAGGCCACCGACCAGCAGCAGAACGGAGCCCUGGGCGCCGGAUCAAACAGCUCGGCCAACGAGGAUGGGAGUUCCGGCUCCGGUUCCAGUUCCACCAACGCUUCUUCCCUGGGAGGCAACAAUUCGUCGAGCAGCGCAAGCAGUGGCAGCUCCUCCAGCAGCGGCAGCUCGUCGGGCAGCAGCAAGAAGCACCUGAACAACGCCAGUGCCGGGAGUGGCUCCUCCUCGUCCGGAGGAGGGGGCCAGAACAAUGCCGGUGGCCAUGCCAGCGGAGGGGGAUCCUCCGGCGGCAGUCAGUCCACGCCGCAAGGCACGAAGCGCGGCAGUUCGGGUCAUCGACGCGAGAAGACCAAGGACAAGAACGCACAUUCCAAUCGCAUGUCCGUGGACAAGUCAGCGGCGGCUGCCUCGGCGGCCGGAGAGAAGGAUACGCCGGAGAAGAGUUCCGGAGCGGGAGCAGGCGGAUCGCCCUGCUCGUGCAAUGGCGAGGUGGGUGCUCCCUGCUCCCACCACGCCUGCAUCCGCCGAGCCGCACACAUGUCCAACUCCGGCAGCAGCUCCAAUUCGAGUGGAAGCACUGGACAAGCCGGUGGAUCCUCCUCCAUGUCGGCAGUGCCACCAGGUGUCUUCACUCCCUCGGCGGGCUCACCUUCGGGUGGAUCGCCAUCGACAGUGGUGCCUGCGGCUGCCUCCCUACUGGCGGCCACCGGAGCAACCUCCUCCUCCGCCACCCAACUGGCCAGCAGUAGUGCCGGCGGUGUGGGCGGAUCGGGAGGAGGUGCCAAUGCACCGGGACCGCCGGGAAAGGACUCCGUCGGCAGCAUUAAAAUCUCCUCGCACAUUGCCGCCCAACUGGCUGCGGCCGCCGCCUCCAACAGCUACAGCGGGAGUGGCGCCAACUCGAAUCAGGGCCAGAACAGCACUUCCGGCGGCAGCGGCGUCGGAACGGAUAGCAAGACGGCUCAGGCCAAGCUUAUGGCACCCGGCAUGAUCUCAGCCACCAUGCACCACACGAUCUCGGUGCCGGCGGGCAGCGCAGGAACCGGCGACGAGGACACAAAAUCGCCGCCCGCCAAGAGGGCCAAGCAUGAGGCUGGCGCUGGCGGAGCAGGCGGCGGCGGCAAGGAGAUGGUGGACAUCUGCAUCGGCACCUCGGUGGGCACCAUCACCGAACCGGACUGCCUGGGUCCGUGCGAACCGGGCACCUCCGUCACCCUCGAGGGGAUCGUGUGGCACGAGACCGAGGGCGGCGUUCUAGUGGUCAACGUCACGUGGCGGGGCAAGACCUACGUGGGCACCCUGCUCGACUGCACCCGACACGAUUGGGCUCCUCCAAGAUUCUGUGAUUCACCAACUGAAGAAUUAGAUUCUCGAACUCCAAAGGGACGCGGCAAGCGCGGACGCAGUGCAGGUCUUACUCCCGACCUGAGUAACUUCACCGAGACCAGAAGUUCGAUUUACUUCUCACAUGCCCAGGUGCACUCAAAGCUGCGCAAUGGUGCCACCAAGGGACGCGGGGCGACGCGCAGUGCCUCCGGCAAUGCGGCGGCGAACAGCAACAGCAGCUCGUCGGGCAAUGGAGGCGGUGCCACGCCCAGCACAUCACCGACAGCGUUUUUGCCGCCGCGUCCGGAGAAGCGCAAGUCGAAGGACGAGGCGCCUUCACCGCUCAACGGCGAAGCGACGGACGGCGGUGCGUCUGGCGGCGGCGGUGGCGGCGUCGGAGGAGCUGGCGGAGUGAGCAUGGUGAACGCCAGCGGCAUUCCCAUCUCGGCCAGCGGCGGUGGCCUGGCCACGCAGCCGCAGAGCCUGCUCAAUCCGGUCACCGGCCUGAACGUGCAGAUCAGCACCAAGAAAUGUAAGACUGCCUCGCCCUGCGCGAUCUCCCCGGUGCUGCUCGAGUGUCCCGAACAGGACUGCAGCAAGAAGUACAAGCACGCCAAUGGGCUGCGCUACCACCAGUCGCAUGCCCACGGAGCGGGCGGUGGUGCCAGCUCUAUGGACGAGGAUUCGAUGCAGGCGCCAGAGGAGCCGGCCACGCCGCCCUCGCCGGGAUUGGCAAGUGGAGCGGGAUCUGGAACAUCUGCCGCACCAACAGCCAGCCAGCCAGUAUCGGCGGCAGCGCCAUCAGCGGGUCAGGGAACCGUGGCAGUGCCCCCCAACACACCCACCGCCAAUUGCAGCAAUCCCGUCACCAAUGGCAGUGCUACACCCACGACAUCAUCCACUGGAUCGGCAUCAAUUGCCGCCUCAAGCACCACCAUCACCCCCUCCGUCGCAGAGACGCCAUCUGCAGCGCCUAUUUCUGCACCCACACCAGCCACGCCACCAGCUCCCACUCCCAUCUGUGCAGUGGCAACGCCUGGAGCAGAGCAAUCUGCAGUAUCAGUAAUGCCGCUGGGCAAUCUUCCACUGACAGCAGGCCCCAAUGCCGCGACACAGCAGCAACAGCAACAGCAGCAGCAGCCAACCACACAGCAGCAACAGCAGCAGCAAUUGCUCACACCGGGAGGCAGUGCGGCAACAAGCAACCAUCAGCAACAACCGGUGGCCGGAGGCAGCAUCACUGCUGGCAUCUCUGGACAGGCUCUGUCGCAGCACCAGCAGCAGCUAAUGGGCGGAUUGCCGGCCAUGUUGUCGGACCAACAGCAGCAGGCCUUGUUGCAGCAGGGAGCAAUUAAAGCGGGAGUCCUGCGCUUUGGGCCACCGGAUGGAAAUCCCCUGCAGCAACAGCAGCCGGGUCAGCCGCCAAUCAAUCCGCAGACACAACAGUCGCCGCCGAGGCCGCCCAGUCAUAUCCAGGAUCCGCAGCAGACGCCAUCGGCCUACGCCCAGCAGGCAGGGUUGAAGACCUCACCUGGAUUCGGAUCCGCCGUAGGCGUGAGUGCCGCUGGCAGCAAGCAAAAGAAAAACCGCAAGUCACCCGGACCCGGUGACUUCGAGGGCCGUGUUUCGCGCGAGGAUGUGCAGAGUCCGGCCUACAGUGAUAUCUCCGAUGACUCAACGCCAGUGGCCGAGCAGGAGCUGCUGGAUAAGUCGGUCGGUCAGGUGGCGGCGGCGGCGGCGGCGGCGGCGGCGGCGGCCAAGCACAUCGAGUUGAUGGGCAAGAAGCCGCAGGAAGUGGGCGUGGGCGUGGGCGUGGGAGUUCCACCAGCCCCGGCUCCCAACAUGUAUGUGCCGGGAAUGUACCAGUUCUACCCAGCUCAGCCGCAGGCACCACCUCCACCGCAGCAGCAGCAGCAGCAGCAGCAACAACAGCCGCAGUACAUGGUGCAGUCGGAGCCGGGAAAGCCGCCAGGGCUGCCACCAGCGUUGACCCAAUCUCAGCAGCAGCAGCAACAGAUGCAGCCGGGUGCACCUCUGCCUACCUCUCAGCCGCCCAGUCAUUUGCUGGGUCCGCCCGGACAGCAGUCGGUGGCCGCCCACCUGGCGGACUACAGUGGCAAGAACAAGGAUCCGCCGCUGGAUCUGAUGACCAAACCGCAGCCACAGCCGGGUCAGCAGCAGCAGCAGUCGCAACAACAGCAGCAGCAGCAGCAGGGCCAGCAGCCGGGACCGGAAAACAAUGGCAAGGAGAUCGUUGGACCGCCCACCUCGCAGCCGGGAUCUCAGCCGCCGCCGGUGAACUUGAGUGCGGUGACUGGACCGCCACCAGGAGGUCUGCCACCCGGUCUGGGUGGCCUAUCCGCACUGGGAGCAGCCGGUCUAGGAGGACCUGGUCCGGGCAAGGGCAUGCCCCACUUCUAUCCCUUCAACUUUAUACCGCCUGCGUAUCCGUAUAAUGUGGACCCCAACUUUGGGUCAGUUUCAAUUGUGGCCUCUGAGGAGGCUGCCAAACUGGGAGGACACCCAGGACUGCCGCCCAGUUCGCAGGCGCCACAGCUGUCGGGGAUCAGUAUCAAGGAGGAGCGCCUCAAGGAGAGUCCCAGUCCGCACGACCAGCCCAAGCACAUGCCACCACAGCAGCAGAUGCUUGCCAACAAGCUGAUCAAGCAGGAGCCGAUGACCAAGCAGGAGAUCAAGCAGGAGCCCAACUCGAAUCCGGGUCAGCAGCAUCCGCCACCGCAACAACAGCCGGCGCCACAGCCUCAGCAGCAGCAGCAGCCGCCACCGCCGCAGCCACAGCAGCCGCAUGCCCUGCAUCCCAAGGAUCUGCAGGCACUGGGCGCCUAUCCCGCCAUCUAUCAGCGCCACUCCAUGAGCCUGGCGGCCGCGCAGCAGGCGCGCGACGAGGAGCUGAGACGUUACUAUAUGUUCACGGGGCGACAAAAUCAGGCAGCAGCUGCUGCAGCCGCGGCGGCUCAGAACGCAGCCAGUGCCGGGCUUCAGCCUCAUCCUGGCAUGAUGCACAAGGAUGAGCCCGGCAUGGGAUCGGCGCAGCAACAACAGCAGCAGCAACAGCAACAACAAAUGCAAAUGGCUCAGCAGCAACAGCAGGCGAUUCAGCAGCAUCAUCAGCACCUCCAGCAGCAACACCAACAGCAGCAACAGCAACAACAUCAACAGCAGCAGCAGCAGCAACAACAACAGCAGCAGCAGCAGCAACAACAACAACAGCAGCAGCAGCAGCAAAAACUUAAGCAGUCGCAGGCGGCAAGUGCGGCGGCCAACAACAAGGCCACCAAUCUGACAAAGGAUUCGCCCAAACAAAAGGGCGGUGAUGACGAUCAGCCGCUUAAGGUGAAGCAAGAGGGCCAGAAGCCGACCAUGGAGACGCAGGGUCCGCCACCACCACCCACGUCGCAGUACUUCCUCCAUCCCUCGUACAUUUCGCCGACGCUUGGCUUCGAUCCCAAUCAUCCGAUGUACCGCAACGUGUUGAUGUCGGCCGCCGGACCGUACAAUACGGCACCGUAUCACCUGCCCAUCCCGCGCUACCAUGCCCCCGAAGAUCUCUCGCGCAACACCGGCACCAAGGCGCUGGAUGCACUGCAUCAUGCGGCCAGCCAGUACUAUACCACCCACAAGAUCCAUGAGCUCAGCGAACGGGCCCUCAAGUCGCCCACCAGCGGCAGCGGCCCCGUCAAGGUGAGCGUCAGCAGUCCCAGCAUCGGUCCGCCCCAGCAGGGCGGCGGACCCACGAGCAGCGGCCCCGGAUCCGGACCCGUUUCCGGAGUCCUCGGCCCCGGCAGCGGUCCCAACCAGCAGCCCGGCUCGGCACCUGGGUCUGCGGGCGGUGUGCCGCUGAACCUACAGCCACCACCCGGAGGAAUGGGCCCGGCGCCCGGCAGCAAGCCGGACCUCUCCGGCCCCAAAGGACAUGGCGGUGUGCCGCCCGGCUCGUCGUUGGACGGCCACAAACAGUCGAUGGCCGGCGGUCCGCCGCCGAAUGGGCCACCAGGCAACGGAGCCGUGGGCGGAGGCGUGGGCGGCGCUGCGGGCAAUGGCGCGGCGGGAGGCGGCGGUGCAGGUGCCGCCGACUCACGGAGUCCACCGCCGCAGCGUCAUGUUCAUACCCACCACCAUACGCACGUCGGCCUCGGCUAUCCCAUGUACCCGGCACCCUACGGAGCGGCUGUUUUGGCUAGCCAGCAGGCGGCUGCUGUAGCUGUGAUAAACCCGUUUCCGCCGGGUCCGUCGAAAUGAGAUCCACUGAACGGCAGCAACGAGAAGAAGGCGUAUAACGUGAAGAACAAUUAGUGCGGUGCGGUGCGGUGCGGAACGCGAUGGUGCCCGCCCAGAGUGCAUAUGCGAAAUUCCGAGAUCCCCCAGAGUGGACAGAGUGGGAGUGGAGGAGAAGGCUUUGUUCCCGCAUUGGAUUCCAACCUCUUCCCGUCGAAACCUGACGCAGUCUUGGCUGCCUCUAAGAGAGUCCCUUCGGUGCUGAUGCAUCGGUGUUUUUGGGGAACCGAGAGGAAUCGAGCAGAAUCGACUAUUUAUAUGCAUAAGUAUUUUUUGAUGUUUCGUUCAACGUGGUUAACUAUAACUAGCCUAAGGUAUCACUACUAUUACCACAUACAACCUAUACAUAUAAAUAUAUAUAGCAUAACUACAUAUAGCGACUUUUUCCUAAGUGUAUUUGCAUCUGCAUAUAGAUAUCUAUAUUUAUAUUUAUAUCAUACGAGAGAGGCGUAAACCGAACAUGAACAAACAACAAACAAACAGCAAACAAUGAAACAUACAAAAAAGCAAAAAGCAACAAAAAAAAAAACAAA